GAGAAGGAGGGUGCAGCGAAGAGAAGGCUUUUCAUCUGCGUCUCUCCACUGGCUGCCUUAAUUACAGGCCCGAGGCUGCACUUUGAGCUCAUUCGUGCUGUUGAGAAAGAGUCGCGCGUCCCAUUCUCACGACACUAACACUCGCGGACGCGCACACGCUCGCGUCACGUUGUGGAGAGCCAAGACACUACAGCUGCGGUGUACGGGUCAACUGCUGCUUGGUGGGCUUCUUCCACUGCUGCACGAGCAAAGAUGAUGCGGGACGUCGUCCCUUCUGCGGGAAACCCAUUCAAAGUUUAGAGAGGAGGCGAGUUGAGUUCUUGCAGGCUGAGACAAUGCACACGGCGUGGAACGACCAUGGCUGUUGACGCUGCAUCCAGUUUCAGUUUUUGUAGGCCAGCUGUGGAGUACAGAGCUCUGCCUGAGGACUUUAAACACCAGCUGAGUCGACGAACAGGGGGGAACCUAACCUGGCAUGAUGGCCGUGGACAGAAGGCGGCAGGAGGCAGAGGAGUGAAGCUGCUGCAGCAGCCGGGCACUGAGGCCCGCCAGCCAUCUUGGAUCACACACCCAACACCAAAUCUCACGAUACUAUCGUUCCAGUGACAAUUACAGCAUAUACAACACAAGCCCGACACAGCCAAGCUUGAUUCGACCCGUGGUCCUGUGGACUCAGCAGGAUGUUUGUAAAUGGCUG